AAUAAUCGGAACUUGAGGGAAAAAACACACAUUCUCACAGAAUGACGAUGGAUAUUAUCGGAAAUGCAGUUUUCAUUCUUCCAGUAAUCACAACUUUGUUUCUUCUUAUUAUUUUGUUGUAUAUCUACAAUGAACACCAAUUACAUGGGAAGAAGUAUCAUCCUGUUGGUGGGACUGUGCUUAGUAUGCUUAUUAACUACAAAAGAUUGCAUCAUUACAUGUCUGAUCUCUCAGCAAAAUACAAAACCUACCGACUGCUUAGCCCUUUCCGUAAUGAGGUUUAUACAUCUGAUCCUGCAAAUGUGGAGUAUAUUCUCAAGACAAAUUUUGAAAAUUAUGGCAAGGGAGCGUAUUUAUACAACACCAAUAAGGAACUACUUGGUGAUGGAAUAUUCGCUGUUGAUGGCGACAAAUGGCGAGAACAAAGGAAGGUAUCGAGCAGUCAGUUCUCUAUGAAAGUUUUAAGAGAUUUUAGCACUAUAAUCUUCAAAAAGUAUGCUAUAAAACUAGGGAACAUAUUGUCAGAAGCAGCAAGUAGCAAACAAAAAAUGGAUAUAAAUGAGUUGAUCAUGAAAGCAACGAUGGAUUCAGUAUUUAAAGUUGGUUUUGGAAUUGAUCUUGAGAACAUGAGUGGUACAAGCGAAGAAGGUAUUGCAUUUAGUUCGGCAUUUGAUAAUGCAAACGAGUCGAUCAUGAGAAGGCAUGUUGACUCGACAUGGAAGAUCAAGAAGUUUUUGAAUGUUGGAUCGGAAUCAGAGUUAAAGAGAAGCAUCAAAUUGAUCGAUGACUUUGUUUAUAAGUUGAUCCAGAUGAAGUCUAAACAAAUGCACGACUCAACGGAUGAUAUUUCGCUGAAGAAAGAAGACAUUCUUUCUAGGUUUAUGCAAACGAAUGAUAGAGAUACAAAGUACUUACGAGAUAUAGUACUAAACUUUCUACUUGCUGGUAAGGACACUAUAGCUAUUACUAUGACUUGGUUCAUUUACAUGCUUUGCAAACAUCCCGACGUUCAAGAUAAGGUUGCAAAAGAAAUCAAAGAAGCAACCUAUGUGAAUGAGCAGGAUGAUAUCACUAAUGUUGCGGAUUUUGCUUCUUGUGUGACCGAGGAUGCACUCCAAAAGUUGAACUAUCUUCAUGCAACGUUAACGGAAACUAUGAGACUCUAUCCUGCGGUUCCAAUGGAUCCAAAGAUAUGCUAUUCUGAUGAUGUGCUACCAGAUGGUUAUAAUGUGAAGAAAGGGGAUAUGGUUACAUACAUGCCAUAUGCAAUGGGCAGGAUGAAGUACCUAUGGGGUGAGGAUGCAAAUGAGUUCAAACCAGAAAGAUGGCUUGAUCAUAGCGGUGUCUUCCAUCCAGAGAACCCUUUCAAAUUUACAGUCUUUCAGGCCGGACCACGAAUUUGUUUGGGUCGAGAUUUUGCAUAUAGGUUCCUGAAGAUCUUUUCUUCUAUCUUGUUGGGCUGCUUUGUGUUCAAGUUGAGUGAUGAAAACAAAGUUGCUUCCUACAAAACCACAAUUAAUCUUUCUAUCGAUGGUCCAUUGCAUGUUUUUGUUUCUUUUAGGUCUGGUUUAGCGAAAUCUUAGACUUAAAAUGCAAUAAUCUUGCAUUUAUAUUUUAUGUUCAAUAAGAGUACUGAACACAAUCUGCGUAAUAGAUUUUCUGUAUACCC